CCGCCACAUUUUGCUAGUUCGCCUAGAGCCUAGGCCGCUACAUUAAUGAUAUCCAGCUAGCAGCUGCAACAUCAAUGAAAAGGACAUGAACAACGUCUUCUUUGCGUUUGGAAUAUAUCUUGCAACAAAUUGACCAUAGGCCUACGUCAUUACGUGUAGGAAAAUGGCACGGAUACGUGUAAUGAAAGCUGCACGCUGUCCUACUGAUGAACUCUCCACCAGUAAUUGUGCUAUCAUUUCACCCGGAGAUUUUGAUGAAAAAACCAAGCAUAUUGAGGUGAAAACAUCCCCGAGUUCAAGGUUCAUUUUCAGUGUAAAAGACCAUCCUAGUAUUCAGCGUGGGACAGUGGGGUUCAGCCUUCCACAGAGGAAAUGGGCAGUACUCUCCAUCAAUCAAGAUAUUGAAGUAACAUCCUAUGAAUUCAGUAAAAACUCACAGCUGAUUGGAUGGAUUACUCUGGAGGUGGAUUUCCUGCAAAAGAAGAAUAAUACAGCCGAAGCUUAUGACACUGACAAGAUGGCUGCAGAAUUCAGUAUGGCCUUCUCUGACCAUGCAUUUACUGUUGGACAACAGCUCGUUUUCAAACUGGAAGGGAAAAAGCUACUUGGUCUUGUUGUCAAAGAAAUGGAAGCUUGUGAUAUCUCCAUGCUUAAAGGAGGAAGAUCAUCAUCCCAACGAACCAAGAUUAAUAUUGGUGUCAGCUUCCCCAACACCCAAGUUCUGUUUGAAAAGGCGGAAUCUUCUCCCAUAAACCUGACGGGCAAGUCUGUGGGAAAAGCUGGUGGAAGACAAUCCAUCAUCAACCCUGACUGGGAUUUCAAAAACAUGGGCAUAGGUGGCCUAGAUAAGGAAUUUUCUGACAUCUUCAGAAGAGCUUUUGCUUCAAGAGUUUUCCCUCCUGACCUUUUGGAGCAGAUGGGUGCCCAACAUGUGAAAGGGAUCCUUCUUUAUGGCCCACCAGGAACAGGGAAAACACUGAUGGCCCGAACUAUAGGAACUAUGCUGAACUCAAGACAACCACAGAUUGUAAACGGGCCAGAAAUUCUCAAUAAAUUUGUUGGUGAAUCAGAGGCAAACAUCAGAAAGCUGUUCAGUGCUGCCGAAGAAGAACAGAAGAGAUGCGGAGCCAAUAGUGGACUUCAUAUUAUCAUCUUUGAUGAGAUAGAUGCAAUAUGUAAACAACGUGGAACAAUGAGUGGCAGCAGUGGAGUCCAUGAUACAGUGGUAAACCAGCUUCUUGCCAAAAUUGAUGGUGUGGAACAGCUUAAUAACAUUCUCAUCAUCGGUAUGACAAAUAGACGUGAUCUCAUUGACGAAGCUUUGCUGCGGCCAGGACGUCUGGAGGUUCAGAUGGAAAUUGGCCUUCCUAAUGAAGAAGGAAGGAUGCAGAUUUUGGAUAUAUAUGUUUCAAAGAUGCGUGAAAACAAGAAACUAGCAGAUGAUGUCAAAAUAGACAAGCUUGCUUCACUUACCAAGAACUUCAGCGGGGCAGAAAUAGCUGGUCUAGUGAGGGCUUCCCAAUCUCUGGCAAUGAAUAGGAUGAUAAAGGCCUCUUCAAAAGUUGAAGUGGAUUAUGAAGCAGCACAGAAAAUGCAAGUUCAGAAAUCAGAUUUUAUGAUCGCAUUGGAAAAUGAUAUCAAACCUGCAUUUGGUGUUAGUGACGAAUGUUUCAGCAAAUACAUCCUAAAUGGCAUCAUCAACUUCGGUGAACCAGUAACCCGGGUACUAGCUGAUGGAGAACUUGUUGUCCAGCAAACUAAACUAAGCGAUCGUACACCACUAGUUAGUUUGCUUAUGGAAGGCAGAAGUGCUAGGGAUUGGGAAACAUCCAGCAUUGACUGGGUUCCAACACUGUGUCUGGGUCAUGACAAGGUGAAGCGACCAAGCCAGGGAACUACAGAGCGAAAAGAGAGAGCAAAGAAGCGAAGAAAAGUCCAACAUGAGAUCAAAGAGGCAGCAAAGAACAGGCAGGAAUCCCAUGAAGCAUGCAGCCACCCAACAGGAACGGUACAGCAUGGUAACCAGUCACCUUUACUGCAUAGUUCAACAAGCCAAGCUGAUGAUCCCCACAAGGAUACUGAGAAUGCGAGACCCAACCUUCAAGAUGUGAUGUCACAAGCUGAUUUAACUGGACAAGACAUAAUCUGUAUUGUGCACCACACUUUGUACCAAGGUGAACAAAUUUCUCAACUCCAUGACCAGGUUGAGCUUACAAACUCUGUGAGUCAAGCAAGUUUAGCAGGGAAUGAUAAAAAAAACAGAUACUAUACUGGGCUACCUACAUACACUAUUUUGAUGGCUAUUUUUAAUCUUGUAUCCCCACAUAUUGUUGUAACCCACCGUUCAGCCAUGUCCAAAUUUCAACAAAUGAUGAUUGUGCUUAUGAGGCUCAGGUUAAAUUUGUCAGAAUGUGAUUUGGCAUACAGAUUUGAUAUUGCUCAGUCCACAAUUUCAAGGAUUUUUAACUUAACUUUAGAUGUUCUUUUUGCAAGACUGAAUUCUUUGAUCCUGUGGCCAGAGAGAGAAGAGCUUCACUUAACCAUGCCAAUGCAAUUCCGAGAGCAUUUUGGGAAGCGUGUGGCUGUCAUUAUUGACUGCUUUGAGGUUUUCGUUGACCGGCCUUCAAAUCUACUUGCUAGAGCACAAACUUGGAGCAACUACAAGCAUCACAAUACUAUCAAAUAUUUGAUUGGUAUCACACCCCAGGGAACAAUCUCCUAUCUUUCCAAAGCAUGGGGAGGUAGAGCAUCUGACAAACAUAUAACUGAGAAUUGUGGAUUUUUGAUGAAGUUAGAACCAGGUGAUUUAGUUCUUGCCGACCGUGGUUUUGACAUUGCUGAAAGUGUAGGCAUGCAGUGUGCAGAGGUAAAAUAACCAGCAUUUACUCAUGGCAAAAAACAACUUACACCUGCAGAAAUAAUGGUAACAAGGAAACCCAUGUUAGGAUUCAUGUGGAGAGGUGUAUUGGCAAUGUUCGUAAGAAAUACAGAAUUCUUGGUGGGCAGAUUCCCAUUGACUACUUACAGACAAAAGAUAGUCAGGGUUGGACAACUAUGGACAAAAUAGCCAGACUAAGCUAUGCACUUACAAAUUUGAGUAACUCUGUUGUUUAACUCAACUAAGUGGAUAAGUGUAGUCCUAUCAAAUGUUCCAAGGGGGCAUGCAAUAAGUUGGACAGGUAGUUUAUUUUCAGUCAAGUUUUCAUAUCAGAAAGAAAAUUACACAACCUGGCAACU